AUGACUAUGAAAGACGAAUAUGGUGUUCUUAUUAACAAUAAGACGUGGGAAUUAGUUCCUCGUCUCUCUAAUACUAAUGUUAUUCUAAGUUUGUGGAUUUUCAAGCACAAGAUGAAAUUUGAUGAUGUCAAGAAUGCCUUUUUGCAUGGAAAUCUCGAUGAAAUCGUGUAUAUGCACCAUCCUCCUGAAUUUCGUGACCCACAGUACCCUGAUCAUAGAUGUCUCCUCAAGAAGUCUCUUUAUGAUCUCGAACAAGCACUUGUGUCUGGUGGUCUCUUCUUAUCUCAAAAGAAAUAUGCAGAGGAAAUUAUAGAACGAGCAGGCAUGUCCUCUUACAAGUCACCAACUACACCAAUUGACACCAAGACAAAACUAAUUGGAUCUUCUAGAAAUCCUUAUCAUGACCCAACAGAAUAUUAG